AUGAUCGGCGACGACGGCCAGAUCUCCAGCGACGGCACGAGGAUGCAUAGCGGUUGCUUCUGCAGCAGCUCCUCGCGAGCGCUCUCCCUUCUUUCCUCCAUCGAUGGUGACAACGACGGCGCUGGCAGCGAGGAAGACGAUCGGCACGGUGACGGGCUCGACGGCUGCGUCGCCCUCCUCCCCUCUCGGAUCUCCCUUCCUUGCUUCCCCCUUCUCCCCCUAUCCCUUCCCUUCUUCGUUCCUUUCUUUUUGCAACUAUUGCUGCUGUGUGUUGCGGCUGGAUUAGCCAAUCUUCCUAAAGAAGUGAAAGAGGACUUUGAGGAUCCUCAUAGUAGAUCUUCAAAAUAUGCUGAGAAGGAUGGAUCUGAAAUACAAGAUAACUUGGAUAAAUUGUUGGAAGAGACCUUCAUGAUGUCGAGGAAAUUUGAAACGAGUCAAUUUGAUUACGCAUUGGAUGAGGAUGAAAAUGAAGAAGAGCCUGAUGAAGAAACUAAGAAGUUUUACAAGUUGAUCCGUGAUGCUCAUCAAGAAUUAUAUCCGAGCUAUAAAGAUUUUAAAAAGUUAUCAACUAUUAUUUGUUUGCUCCACAUAAAGAACCUUCAUGGUUGGAGCAACGUAUCAUUUAAUAUGUUACUACAAUUACUCAAUGAAUUACUUCCUAAAGGCUUGUGUCUACCAUCAACAUAUGAAGAAUGCAAGUACAUCAUCAAGGACUUAGAUUUCAAUUAUGAAAAAAUUGACACUUGUCCAAAUGACUAUAUCUUAUACUGGAAGAAGUUUAAGGAAUACACUACUUGUCCAAAGUGUGGUGUUUCUAAGUAUAAAAUGAAAAAGGUCCAAAGUGCUAAAAGAAAAUUUUCUUGCAAGCCUCGAAAUGUGAGGAUGGGUUUAGCAAGUGAUGGUUUUAACUCAUAUAAAACAAUGAGUAUUAGAUACAGUAUUUGGCCAAUGGUUCUGACGAUAUAUAACUUGCUUCCAUGGGAUUGCAUGAAACAACAUUCUAUGAUGUUGUCUUUGCUUAUUCCCAGUCCUUCUUCUCCUAAUAGAAAUAUUGACAUAUAUUUACAACCUUUAAUCGAUGAGUUAAAGGAGUUAUGGGAGAAUGACUUUGAGACAUAUGAUGCUUCUAGUGGGAAGUUAUUUCGUGUACAUGCUGCCUUACUUUGGACUAUAAGCGAUUUGCCUAGUUACUCUAUGUUAUCUGGUUGGCAUACAAGUAGAAAAUUGGCAUGUCCUAUUUGUAAUUAUGACACAUGCUCUAGAUUCUUGAAACAUAGUAAAAAAAUGUGUUACAUGGGACAUCGAGAAUUUUUAGCAUCAAAGCAUCAGUGGCGAAAGGACAAGAAGAGUUUUGACGGUAUGACAGAGCUAAGAACAGUUCCUGUGCCACUAUUAGGGCCUGAUAUAUUAGAAAAAUUAGGCAAUAGGGAGAAUUCGUUUGGGAAGACUAUAAAGAGGAGAAGAAAUGAUGAUGAUCUCUGGACUAAGAAAAGCAUAUUUUUUGAGUUACCAUAUUGGAGUACUAAUUUGCUUCGUCACAACUUGGAUGUAAUGCACAUUGAAAAGAAUAUUUGUGAAAAUAUUGUUGGAACAUUAUUGAAUUUAGAAGGAAAAUCAAAAGAUCAUCUCAAAGCAAGGCUUGACUUGGUAGAUAUGGAGAUACGACAUGAACUUCAUCCAAAAAAUAUAGGACUAAAUAAGAUAUUUUUGCCACCAACACGUUUCACAAUGUCUUCAAAGGAAAAAAGUGUCUUUUGUUGUGUUUUGAAAAAUGUGAAGCUUCCUAAAGGGUAUGGCUCCAAUAUUUCUAGGUGUGUUCAACUGGAACACCACAAACUUUUUGGUCUUAAGAGUCACGACUACCAUAUUUUGAUGCAAGACUUGCUUAAAAUAGUAAUUCGAAGAGCCUUACCAAAAGAAGUUGUGAGAGUUCUACUCAAGUUUAGUUCAUACUUCAAGACUUUAUGCUCUAAAGUUAUCAGAAUUGAUGUUUUUGAACAAUUAGAUAUCGAAAUUGCACAAAUUCUUUCAUAUGAAGCAAGACUUGGUAGACCUGUCCAAUACCGUUGGAUGUACCCAAUUGAGAGGUUCUUACUCAAAUUGAAGAAUUACGUCUGUAAUAAAAGUUGUCCUGAGGGAUCUAUUGCAGAAGGGUAUUUAGCAGACGAAUGUUUGACAUUUUGUUCAAGAUACUUGAAUGACGAUGUCCAAACAAAAUUCAAUAAUCCAACAAAGAAUCUUGACGGUCCAAUACGAAAUGGGGUGAUGAUAAGUCUGGAUCCUCUUAUGUGGGAGCAAUCUCAUCGUUAUGUAUUGUUCAAUUGUAUUAUCAUCGCUCCAUAUAUCAAACAACACGAGGAGAUUGUUUUUAGUGAUGCUCAUACUAGCCUUGGAGAUAAAUGGGAUAAGACAAAAGACCAUUGUCUUACCUUUACUGAAUGGUUUGAAGAUUUUGCUAGGAAUUCAUUUGUUAGUAAAGAGUUGAAGUGGUUGUCUAGAGGGCCAAAUGUUGCUGCAAGAAGAUUUUCUGCUUAUAUGAUAAAUGGUUAUAAGUUUAUAACUGAAGAUUGUGAGAGAAAAACACAAAAUAUUGGAGUUAUGGUUAUUUCAUCCACUGUCAAGUUUAGAAAUGAGAAAGACAAGGAUCCAGAAGUGAAAAAUGUCACUUAUUAUGGAGUUUUAAAAGCUAUACUUGAAAAGCCAAUUUAUGAAAAUGAUCCAUUCGUGUUUGCAACUCAAGUGAGACAAGUUUAUUACACAGAAGAUCCAAGUGAUACUUGGCAUGUUGUUACCAACACCAUUCCAAGGGAUUUGUUUCAUAUAUACAGUGACUUAGAUAAUGAUGACAUGAAAAAGUUCAAGGAUGGUCCUCAAAUAACAAGUUUUAUGCUUUAUCAAUCUACAAGUGUUGAAGAUGAUGUUAAUUGGAUUAGGGAUGAUAUACCUGGAACAACAAUUGAUACAUGCAUCUUAGAUAAUCAACCAAUGGGAGAAGAGUCUCAAGAUAAUCUUGAUUUUAGUCAUAAAGAUAUAUCAAUCAUAUGA